AUGAGUUUAAGAUGCGAAAAUAAAGAGUUUUUUCGAGAUCUUGAGAAUGAUAAACCUCUUUGGGUAAGCAGUUUGGAUGGAGGUGGAGAAACGUUAAAUAUUAAGGAAUAUGCUCAAUUGUUUACCCCAUUAAUUGGCACAAAACCUGAGCAUUUCACAACGGAAGCGACAAGGGCAUCGGGUACAGUGGCUGACACCCGUUUGGCAUUGGUGAAUACACUGAUGGAUAAGAGGCAGUGGGUAGAGAUGUUUCCAUGCAUUGUUGGAAAAACAUAUACUACUGAUGUGAUUUCCACUGGCAUAGGUGGAAAUAAGAGUGGUUCUCUGUUAUUGAUUAAAACUGAAUUGCAAAUCAUUUUUGACCUAGUUUCUGUUCGCGAAGUACAAUUUCUUCGCUUCUGUAAGAAACAUGUUGAAGGUGUAUGGGCUAUAGUCGAUGUGUCUGUUGACACAAUUCAAGAAGGUUCACAAGAGAGCAAAAUUGAAAAUUGUCGGAGGCUCCCAUCUGGCUGUAUUUUACAAGAUAUGCCAAAUGGUUAUUGCCAGGUUACUUGGAUUGAGCACAUGGAAUAUAAUGAAAACCUUGUCCACGAUUGGUAUCGCCCUAUGAUAAAGACUGGUCUGGGAUUUGGUGCUCAAAGGUGGAUGGCUACUUUGCAAAGACAAUAUCAGUUCUUGAAAGUGAUGAAGUCAAUUAUUGAUCCCAUAGUUGAUUUAAGUGGUGAGAGAGGUAUAAGGAUGUUGGCUCAACGCAUGACGCAUAAUUUUUGUGCGGGCGUUUGUGCAACCGCUCACUAUUGGGAAAUAAUUCAACUAGCAAAUAAAGAAAAUUCCAAAUUAAUGAUGAGGACAAAUAUUAGUGACCUUGGUGAAUCGACUGGUAUGGUGUUAAGUGCUACAAAGACAAUUUGGUUACCAGUGAAACACCAACGUUUGUUCAAAUUUCUCACUAAUGAACAAAUAAGGAGCCAGUGGGAUGUCUUGUCCAAUACUUGUCCCAUGAAACGAAUGAUCAACAUUUCUAAGGGUCAAACUGUCAACAAUAACAUUUCUCUCUUUUUUCCUCAUGGGGAUGAUUCUGGUGCUAAUCAAGUGAUCUUGCAAGAUAGUUGCAUGGAUGCAACUGGAUCUCUUUUGGUUUAUGCUACAAUUAAUUCACAAGAAAUUAAUACCGUGAUGAAAGGGGGGGACUCUUCUUGUGUGACUCUCUUCUCAAAUGGAAUAACAAUAGUCCCAGAUUGUUUUCAAGAUUUCUCUACAACUAAUAACUAUAAUGUUAUUUCUGGGGAGAUGAAUCAUGGGUUCGGUGGUGGAUCGUUGGUGACUAUCAGCUUUCAAAUGGUGGGGAACAUCUUUCCAGCUACAACUCUUUCUAUGGAGUUGGUCAAAGAAGCAAAUGCACUCAUCUCACACACAAUUCAUAAGAUCAAGAGUGCUCUUAAAUGCAAGUGA